AUGACAACUGCAACGAAACAAAGAAAAGAAGCCAAUAAUACCCGUAAAGAUACCCUCCUACCCGAUGGUUCUUCCAAACCUGUUGGUGAAAGAUCAGCUGGGGCUGGAACGACCCUCUCGAAUUUUGUACCUCCUGACGGAGGAUGGGGUUGGAUUGUAUGUAUCGCAUCACUUUGGGUUAAUGGGAUAGUAUUUGGAAUCCUAAAUUCGUAUGGGAUCCUCUAUGUGUCAAUGUUAAAAAAAUACGGAGCUGGAGAUCCUAAUAUUUCUUUCAAAACUUCCUGGGUUGGAUCCGUUACAAUUGGUAUGACUUUUCUUAUGUCGAUUUUUGCAAGUAUUCUUGCUGAUCGAAUUGGAAUCCGAAAAGUAGGAUGUUUUGGCGGCCUCCUCUGUACUGUUGGCCUUGUGUCUAAAAGUAUAUAUGAACACGUGACCGACUGCUGUUCAUGGACAAAAAAAUUCCUCAAUGUUGAUAUCUGGACAAAUCGUGGAUAUGUUGUUUGGUCCGUUUCCUGUGCUGUGGCAUUGUUUGGUUAUUUUGUACCGUUUGUUCACUUGAUGAAAUAUACUGAAGAUGUCUUUCCCGGUCAUAAUGGACCAAUUCUGCUGUUAUUUUUAAAUAUCACCUCAGGGCUUGGUCGUCUUGCAUUUGGUAAACUAGCUGAUGUGCCUGGUGUAAGCAGGAUACGCCUACAACAGUUAGCAUUCCUUGCAUUUGGCGCCACUACAAUGUGUAUACCAUUUGCCAAAAGCUUUGGUGCUCUUAUAGGCAUCGUCCUGCUUAUGGGAAUUUGUGAUGGAAUCUUUAUUUGUCUUCUGGGACCAAUUGCUUAUGAUAUUGUUGGCCCUGCAGGAGCUUCGCAGGCCAUUGGCUUUCUUCUUGGAACAUUUUCUCUUCCUCUCAUGUGUGGACCACCCAUGGCUGGUCUUAUGUAUGACCACAUGAAAACCUACAACAUUGCCUUCCAUGUUGCAGGGACUCCUCCUAUUCUUGGAUCUUUGCUUAUGUUUUUCAUACCAAAAGUUAAACAGACACUGCCUGCCGUUACACAAGCAGAUGAAUUUGCUGCAGUUUCCAUGACAGAUAUCAUGAAUGAAUCACAUGCUACCUUCAGUCAAUCCGUGCCCAGCCAUAAGAAUGUGGAGUUGAUAGUUGUAAAACCAGAUGAUUAUGCAGAACCAAUGUUGCUAACACAUAUUGUUGAAAAUUGCAAUGAUGAAAAGACUACCAAUGAACAUAUGGAACUAUCGACUUCUCCCAAAGAAAGCCUUUUAAACCAUUCUCCACAGCCUGUGUAA